AUGUCCGUCGUUCUAUAUUCCAAUCCCAACCUUUACAGAACAGUGAACUUUGACUGGAUUGACAUACUAUUGGAAAAAAACUCGAAGCAGUUUCGUUACUUUGGGCUUGCAUUAUUAACAACACUAUCCUUAUACGUUCUUUCGCCAAGUUUACUAAGAAAAGGAGAUAGCGAGAUGUUUUCAAGAUCCAGACGAAGCGAUAAGUACACGACGGGUCUCAUUAACAAUCGGAACGAUUGUUUUGCAAACUCGUCGGUACAAGCCCUUUCGGCACUCCCCAAGUUGACUAACUACAUGAAUGACUUGCUCAAACAGGUUCUGUUCCUGAGGACGCUGCUCGACCGUGGAGAGAACCAGCAUUCUUCCCAUCCCAAGACCGGGGAUGCUACCAAAGAAUACGAGCCAGCAGAUUCGCAGCAGGAUAAUGGCGAGUCCUUCGAGGGACGUUCAAACUCUUUUGAAAACUCACUUGCACCCGGAGCGUCACGGCCUGCGAUGCACGCGCUUCGUCCUCACUCGAACCUUCAAGCGUUCAAUUCUACUGCUACGAUUACGACGAUGUCUACUCUCGAAGAAGACCGUGCGGCCCAUGGCCAUGGUUAUCUAGACGGCUUGAACACGGGCGAUACAUCUGCAGCCCAGAGUGCAGCUCAAAGCGUAUCAGAAAGUUCAGUUUCAAAAGAAAAUGGGAUUUCAACUGCUUCCAGCGAGGAAAUUCCCGAGGUCCCACUGCAUGAAGGUCUUGCUCAGAUGAUGUAUCAGUUACAGCAGAUCGUCGACACAAGCAAGUACGUUUCGGUGUGGCCGUUUUUGCAUGUUCUGGAGCUGAUUUUCGAUGCUAGAAUCUCGUCUGGCCAGAAUGACGCCCAUGAGCUAACACAAGUCAUUUUGGAGUCUCUUGAAAAAGAGAACGUCAAACUCAAAAAAUUCGUCAAAGAUCAUUCCUUGAAUGUAAUAAUCCCAGACUUUCCUGUUAAGGGUUCUCUUGCUGAUCAUUUGAUUUGUCUCAAUUGCCAAGGCUCUUCGAAAGUCGUUACACAUCCUUUCUCGAUGUAUCCUUUGCCAGUGCCUCAAGAAACGUCUGCCAAUCUUUCGGCAAUGAUUGCCGAUAACCAAACUGAGACCAUUGACGGAUAUGCAUGUCUUUCCUGCAAAAUAAAAGCCAUCUUGGAGAAUGAAGAGCAGUAUAAAAAUGACCAAAAAUCGGACGGGGAGAAUGUCAUAUUGGCGACCUUGUCAAAGAUCAUUCCAGAUAUAUUUAUCAAUGACGAUCUGUCGGAGGAUUUGAUGAACUACAUCAACAACUACAAAAAGGGAAGCUGUGAUACGAGCGCGAUCAAAUCAAGAAUUAUCAAGAAAACAGUGGUUACCGGAUCGCCUGAUAUCCUCAUUCUGCAUCUCUCCCGGUCGGUUUUCAACGGUACCACCUAUUCUCGAAAUGCAUGUUACGUGAACUUCGAUGAGGAGCUGCACACGCAAGAGCAGGAAAUCAAGAACAACAGAUCCGUCGGUGUCAAACCGGUGAAAUAUAGACUCAAGGCCAUGGUCAAGCAUCAAGGCACUCAUUCUCAAGGGCAUUACGAAUGCUACAGGCACAAGCCCGAUCUUAUCAAAGAUGUUUUGUCCAACCAAGUGGUCAACAGGUCGCCCACGAUCGAUUUCGGACUGGAUUCGAACAGAGACGCAGUGGCUGCUUGGAACCAGAGCGCAAAUGCGAGCAACACAGAUCUUGCUUCCGUUUCAUCUCAGGAGUCCGAAUCAUCUGCACCCUUUCGCUCUGUGUUUCCCGAAGCAGCACCUGGUAUGCCUCUAUCAUCGCCCAUUGUAGACGAUGAUGAUUACAUCGUUGGGCAAGGAAACUCUGGCUCUUCUGGCAUGCCAAGCCGAAAGCCAUCUAAGUUGAAAAAGCUCACAGGCUUCUUGUCGAGAAGACCCUCUAUUGCAUCGGGCGCUAGUGACGACCAAAAUGGAGACACGGGAUCUAAUGCAGGGUCCGAGGGGUUUUCCGGAUUCAGACGUACGAGAGGAAACAGUAUUGCCUCUUCUGUCGGCUCCUCCAACGUAGGUCUCUCUUCAGAAACCUCGGGCGCUGAUAUGACUACCGAUACAAGUGCCAGUGAGCGUGAUGAGGCUGUUGCAACUACAAUCAAAAGAAAACUCAAGAAAAUAAAAAGCGUUGUCAACUAUCCGUUCUGGAAAAUCUCUGAUGCCGCUGUGCGUGAAGCCAGGACCGAUGAAGUCCUCGGAGAUACAAAGUGUGUUUACAUGCUAUACUAUGACCGUGUUGACGAGCCGAAAAAGACUUGA